AUGGUAGGCAGAGCUAUUACAGGGAGUUAUAGCAAGCAGCUACGAUCCUUUGAUACUGAGCCAUCACAAUCACAGCCAGAUGACAUCCUUUUCCUUUGUAGUUUAGGCGGAGGGAACAUAACAAGAGUGAUUAGGCGCAGGCUUUCCAUACAUGAAUUGUUGUUGCAAGAUGACGGUCAUUGCUUAUCGUCCUUGCUUAUGGACAUGAAUGUCUCAGUUGAAACACAAGAACGUGUAUUACAAGAGAUAUCAGAGGUUGUUCGAUUGGCUGGCACAUCACCCAUAUCAAUUGGCGUAACGUUCUAUGAGUCCGAUGGAUAUGAUAAUGAUGAUGAGGUGGUCAAUACGAUCAUGAGGGAUCAUGAGGGGAAACUUAUUCGGGCAACCAAAUCAUCCAUUGAAGCAUUGGAGAAGGUUACCCUUCAACAAGAUGAGUUGGACUCGGUUGCAACAUGUGUCAUAUGCACGCAGGAGUUUGAGGCUGGUUUGGAAGUGACUCGCAUGCCGUGCUCUCAUGUCUAUCAUGAAGAAUGUAUUGUCAAGUGGCUAAAGAGGAGUAACGUCUGUCCGUUGUGUCGAUAUUCAAUGCCACAUAGAUUGUGA